AUGACAACAACGGGAAAAACUGUGAACCCGCUGAAAAGCAAGAUUGAUGCGGUGGUGACAAGGAAAUUGAAUCUGGAUAAGGAAUUUUUGAAAGUUGUGGAUUAUGUUGCGCCACUUAUGGAAAGUAUAGAUAUUGAUAAUCAUGCUGAACGGAAAUUGUCGAGGAAAUUGGAAGCGAGGGAAAUUGAAAUUAAUAAAAAUUAUCUUCUCGAGUUUGAGAAAGUGAGUUUUUAGAAUUUCGAAGAGGGAAAUGUUAAUAUGAAAAUAAAAUUGACAAGGAAACAACUUUUUGAAGUUUCUCUCGAAUUUUUUGAUGAAGUCUGUAUUUUUUUAAAUAUUAAUGUGCUAAUAUUGAUUCAGUAAACAACUACUCUCACCUCGAAUACAUUUGUUUUACCCACUUGACCAUGCGCGCACGUGACGCGAAUAGCGAAAAUGUUUUUAUAUACCAUGCUACUGCGCGAAAAUGUCGCGAAACGCUCCAAUUCGGUCGAGGAAGCCCGCGAAAUUUCCGCGAAACGCGAAGUUCCCCGCAAUUCGCGCAAAUUUCGCGACGUCCAGUCGACCGAGUCCCAGAUUGCGCGAGGUUUGUGCGAAACGCGUGAUUCUCCCGCGAAGGUUGAGCGAAUCGCAGAGACCCCGCUUUUCGCGCAGAUUUCGCGGUCGUUCUCCUGAGUGUAUAUUUUUCAGGUUAAUAAAAUUGUUCAACAAUUCGACAACAUUGUUCAAAAUAUGAAUGCAUCUUGCACAAAUCUUUGUGUUCGCUUGGAGAAUGUGAAACAGACAAAUACAAAUUUAUUGAAUCAAACAACUCAACUUCAAGCGCUCAAAAAGAACAUCGAAGUCAAGCAAAAAGCUAUCGACAAUUUCCUUGACAAAUAUUCGCUGACUGAAGGAGAGCUGGAAGCUUUGGAUUGUGAACAUAAAGAAGUUCGGCUAACUCCACAGUUUUUCGCAGCUUUGAAUCGCGCGAAAGAAAUUCAUGAUGAUAGCAAGGAGAUGAUCAAGAAUUCUGGAAAUCAUAUUGCCGCGUAAGUUUUUAUUUCUGGUUUAAGAUUACUGAUGAUAGCAAGUAUUAUUCCAGAUUGGAGGUUAUGGAAUCUAUGGAAAAAAUCAUGAAAGGAGCAUAUACCACAAUUUUCAAUAAAAUUUCUAGUGAGCUUUUUUUUCAAAAUUUAUGGUGAUUUAAAAAAUAACUUGAAAUUUCAGGAGAAUUCCGAUUAUUGAGUUCGGAUUUUAUUGACGCCAAAAAUGUGAUUAGCCGCGCUUUAUGUGCUCUUCAAGAUUUUCCAUAUAUGCUCCAAGUUUCUCUUGAUGAAUAUUCAACAAGUCGAGGAAAUGAUGUUCUUCGACAAUAUAUUGAAGCACUUACAAAAGGACCACAUGGAUCUGGAAAACCAAUUGAAAUGAUGAGUCAUGAUAAAACAAGAUAUAUUGGAGAUAUGUUAGCAUUUAUGUAUGAAAUAACUGAAAAUGAGAAAGAAUUGGUUGUUCAAUUACUGUCUCAAUGUCAAGCAGAUGUUCUUGAAACAUAUUCAUUGUCAGUUCUUAAUAAUAUCACAAAAGUACUUGCGUCUCCUUUCAAAGUUCGAGUUGAACAAUCACUGGCUAGUGAAACGGAUUGUGUUGUUUUGUAUAAUGUAUCAAAUCUGUUCACAUUUUAUAUGGAUAAAUUUCAACCAUUAACUGGACCGAAAUCGGAACUUGUUUUGUGUUUGAAUGAUUUGCACAGUAUUUCAAUGACGAUAUUCCACGCUGGACUUAUUCAAUCGGUUCAAAAAUUAUUGACAAAGGUAAAAUUUUUCUGGAUUUUUAUAUAUUGUUAUGAAACAUAGAUUCAUUUGACAUUUUUUAAAGUUAUUUUUUCUAGAUGGGAGCUCCUGAUUAUGAUCUUCUGCCAGUUCAAGCAGUCCAUCAAUGUCUUAUGUUAUUCCGAGAAGUUUUGGAUACUCAUGAUACUGGAAUGGGUACAAAACAAUUUGCGAAGGAAGGAUUCCAAAAAAUAUUUGAAAUCAUCCUAGAUCCUCUUACUAGAGAGAUUCAACUAACUGCAACACAAUUGCAUUCACCAUUAGGUUUGAUUUUUUUCUAUUUUUUUAUGCAUAUGAUAUUAGUUAUUCAAAGUGAUUGUUUUCAGACGUUGCUGUUUAUACACUGAAUUGUUUGUCUUCAAUUCAAUCAGUUGUAGUUUUAUAUCAAUAUACUGACAAAAGACUUGAGAUGAUCAAUGCGAUGAUUGAAAGUAAUGAAGAUGUUUUGGUGUCAGAAGAGAUUUCGACUAUUUUGAGCACUACAAAAUUGUUGACUAUUUAUCAAAAAGCAGCAGCUCACUCAAAAGAACAGGUUAGUGUGAAAUAAGUUAUUUUGGUUUGAAAGUGAAGCUGAUUAAAACAAUCUGAAUUCUCAAAGUUUGAUGAUCUUUCUGUCAAAAAAUUCUUGACGCAAUUGAUUACAAAAGAUUUUUUUUUUAAUAAUCUUGGCGAAGAAGUUUGAAAAUAUCAUAUAGAAAGGAUUUUGAAAACUAGAUGUUCAACCUGUUUUGUGAUCUGAAUUUUCACAAUGAUUUGGAAAAGUCCCCGAAGUUUCUUUCCAAAGUCUAUGCAUAGAAAACAAAAAAAAUCUGGUAAAAAUUGCUCUUCUUGUUCAACAAAAUAAUGACCGGAAGUUUUGUCGAUUUUUUAUUCAAACUCCGGAAUUCCUGCUGUUCGUGAUUCCACAAACAUCUAAAGGAUCAGAAACCCUAACCACAAAUCUUCUAAUAUAAACUUUAUCUUCUCCCAUCCCACAACAUAUAUCUUUUGUCAACAAUUCGAACAUCAGUUGUAAAUCAAUCAGACUAUGAUUGAUUGCAUGAAGAUUUGAAGACAUUUGAAACAUUUGUGAUUUUUCCAGGGACCUCUUUCUCAAAUAACCGGAAUGGAUAGAGCAAAUGUGUCAGCAGUUCUCAACGAGUUUUCAAUGUUUUUGCAUAAUCCAAACAGUUGUCGUUUGGAUCAUGUUGCGAAAAUAUCAAGUUCAAGGAUUAGGUGAGAAAAAAAAUCAAAAACAUGAGAGAUUUGGAGAUAAUUAUGACUAUUUCAGAGAAACUGUAAGAAGUCGAAGUAUGUCGGAGUUAUUGAAAGUCUAUUCAUGUUUAGUUUCAAAAUUCCAAGAUGAAUCAAAUGGCUAUAAUGAUAUGCAAUAUUUGAGCACCGAACAAGUUGGACAACUUUUACAAUUUAGCUUUAUGCAAUAA